AACAAACAGCUGAUUGCAGUUAUGGAAUUUCUAGAGUUUAUCAUAAAAUAAAAUUCAAUAAUUAAUAAUGGUCAGAAUUAUAAAUAAAGUUAUAGUUUUUAAGAACUUAUUUCCUUUAAACCGUAGAUUAUACCCAAGUAUAUUUUCGGUGCGUUAUAAAAGUUCCGAAAAGGAUGACCAGGGCGUAGAAGUGAAGAGGAUUAGGAAUUUUAGCAUAGUAGCUCAUGUUGACCAUGGGAAGAGUACUUUGGCUGAUCGACUGCUGGAGAUAACUGGGGUGAUCAAGCCAGGUGCAGAACACGCACAGGUGCUGGACCAACUACAGGUGGAGAGAGAAAGAGGCAUUACUGUAAAAGCUGUGACAGCAUCACUGGAUUACACAUACAAGAAUGAAAAGUAUCUCCUGAAUCUGAUAGAUACUCCAGGACAUGUUGACUUUUCCAAUGAGGUUGUGAGAAGUGUGUCAGCAUGUCAGGGAGUGAUACUACUAGUUGAUGCCAAUGAGGGUGUUCAAGCACAGACAGUAGCUGUGCACAGUCUAGCCAAAAAGAACAACUUAGUCAUGAUACCCACACUUAACAAAGUAGAUCUCCCUAGGGCAGACCCAGAAAAAGUCAAAUCACAACUACAAUCACUUUUUAAAAUAGAUCCAGAAACGGUUAUGAGUAUUUCUGCCAAAAAAGGGUGGGGAGUGAAAGAGCUCUUAGAAGCAGUCAUAGAAAGAAUACCUCCACCGUCUGUCAAAUCUGAAGGCCACUUUACUGCACACAUAAUUGACACAUGGCAUGAUAAAUAUAGAGGUGUACUUUGUUUGGCUUACAUACAUUCUGGGAAAGUGCAAGUUGGGCAAGCGGUGAGAUGGAGAUCUGAUACGAAACAACACCAAGUGAAGUACUUGGCAAUGUUGAGGCCAAGUGAGCAGCCGGUGGAGUCAGCUGUUGCAGGCCAAGUUGUAAUGGUGGGCUGCGGCCCCAAAGGCGGCGGGAGCGUAGGCGACCAGCUCCUCUCAGUCGACGUACAAAACACAUCUGAGCUCGCUGAGAUCCCACCAGUUAAGCACAUGGUGUAUGCAGGAAUCUUCCCGGCCGACCAGUCGCAGCAUCCUCUGCUCAGCGACGCCAUCAAGAAACUGGCUCUUAACGACUCGGCCGUCAGCGUCAAAGCUGAUUCCAGUCCCGCGUUAGGUCAAGGCUGGCGCGUGGGUUUCCUGGGCCUGUUGCAUCUAGACGUGUUCAUCCAAAGACUGCUGCAAGAAUACAAAGCAGAAGCCAUCUUGACAGCGCCAUCUGUCCCCUACAAGAUAAAAGUAAAAGGCGCUAAAAUUAUCAAGCAUUAUAAGAGCGAUGAAGUUAUUAUCACUAAUCCACUGAUGUUGCCAGAACCUCAUCAUAUAGAAGAAUAUUACGAGCCGUUAGUUAUAGGUACUAUAAUAACCCCCGUGGAAUACAUUGGGUCCGUGACGACGCUCUGCAUCGACCGCCGCGGCACGCCGCUGCCUUCCAACGCUGUCGACGACAGAAUGACUAUGCUGCAAUUUAUACUGCCUCUCUCCGAGGUGGUUAUAGACUUCCACGACACGCUCAAAAGCAUCACGUCCGGGUUCGCGAGCUUCGACUAUCAGGACCAUGGGUUUCAUGAAAGCUCGCUUGCAAGGAUGGAUAUCCUUAUCAAUGGGGUCUUAGUCGACGAACUUUCAAGUAUAGUGCACACCAGCCGUCUCGAAUACACUGCCAGGAGACUCACGGAGAAACUGAAGGAGAUGAUUCCGCGGCAAAUGGUGCAGGUUGCCAUUCAAGCUGUUGUCGGAGGAAAAGUGUUCGCAAGAGAAACAUUAAAAGCUUACAGAAAGGAUGUCACAGCAAAAUUAUAUGGUGGCGACGUAACUCGCAGAAAAAAAUUGCUAAAGCAACAAGCUGAGGGAAAGAAGAAAAUGAGAAGUGUCGCCAACAUUAAAAUACCAAGAAACACCUUCAUUGACGUGCUCAAGAGAUGAUCGGUUUCCAUUACUGAGAUUGUGUAAAUAUUUCAGUUUUUAGUUAUUCAGCCCAAAUUCAUCAAGGACACAAAACGAGCAGCCUCGCGAGGAAGUUGCCGCGCGAAGCAGCUUGGUCUAUGUAGACGUGCCUCGGCCGUAUUGCCGUAAUCACAAUUGUUUUUUUUAUAUUGCUAUGACGACCUACACUAUCGUAAUACUCUUUUCCUAUUUAUUCAAAUACAAAACGAUUUGUGACGACGAAGUGAAUGUUGUGUAAUGCGAAUAGAGAUAAAUAAAUACAAAGAUUUAUAAAAAUAUAGGUAUUUUAUUAAAAAUGCCGAUGAUAUUAUAGGGUCAUUGCAUGGUAAACAUCACAAAAUAUCGACUUAAGGCAGUCUACUUUGCUACAUGUAUAUUUGAAGCUUAAAAUACACUGACAGGUAUCAGAGACCCGAAUAUUCGUGGUAGUUUUUAAUUUUCAUAGUGACUUCACAUUAAAGAACUUCAAAUAUAAAAUUAUCAAUAACCACAUUUAUAGAUACAAUAUAACUAUCGUUGAAAUAAUUUUCGGCGUUGGUAAUUAAAUUACCUGCUAGGUACCCCUGGAUUAUGAAUUUGAAAUGAAACUAUUACAAGUCUAUUUGGCCAUUUUUUUAAAGUUAGUUAAGUACCUACCUGUUACAAUUUAUAAUAUAUUAUAUAGUAAAGCUGUAAAUCGAUGUUUAAAACAAUGAAUCGAGUAAAAUAUCGACAUAAUAAAAUUAUGAAGUCGAUAGAUUAUUCACAAAGAUCUUUAACAAAUGCCACCAAUAUUCCGAUCUCUGCUGAUUAUUAUACACUUUACAUAUGGAUAAACUGUAAAAUAGGGCACUAAAACUAAGAAAAUAAUUAUACACGUCAGUCGGACCAAUACAUAAGAAUAAUUAUGAAAAAAGGCGUUCGUACAUCGUAAUAAAUAUACUUGAUGAUAAUGACAAUAUUAAAAGGUACCUAUUUCGAAAUUUGUCAUCAGGCCAAUUAUAUAAUUAUAUCAUAUUUGUUUAUCAACUAACUAAAUUACUCGAACGAUGAUAUGAUGAAAAUAUAUUAUCUCAAUAGACGGGUCCACACAGAAUGAGCUGCCUCGCGAGGAAUUUGCCGCGCGAAGCAGCUCGAUCCGUAGAGACGUGCCUCGUCCGAGGCAAUGCGGGCCUGCGCUAUAGACAUAUUGUACCGUGCGUUGUAUAAUAUAUAGGACCCUAUUCACCAACGGACUGAGUCACCAUACACUGAGAAAUUUUAUUUUAGAAGGAAAAGGAACUCAUUUUUGGAAUACUUGUUGUUAGUUGGACUAAACAUAUAGUUUGACUGUUUCAUCAAAAAACCACUUUCGAUGUUAUUUUCAGAUAAAGGUGGUUUUUACUGUUGCACAUAAGAUGUACAUUAGACAGUCUUUUUGUUAAUAACUUUGGUGUCAUUUUAGUCAAGAUAUAUUAUGUCAAUAAAAUGUGGUCAAUUAGUUUUUUUUUUUACUAUAAAAAAUGUUUUAUAAAUUUGGUUUUUGCAGAAGACGUAGACUUAAUAAGUUAUUAAAGACAAGAUUUUGUUUGAUGUAUUUGGGAAUUAUCUAAUAUUGAUUUACACUACCAAACAUUGCAAUAUUUUAUUUCAGUAUAGUGGAAUCUUGAUAUGACUAAACCCCAUUUACUAAUAUACGUUCCAGCCUAGUAGGUAAGUAUAUAAUUUAUCAAGUUUCUUAGAUAGAAUAGCAGAACAAAAUUAGUUUAAAUUAGGUACUUUUAACAACACACAUAUUUGCUUUUGUCUAGAUAGCAAGUCAAUGAUUUAUCAUAUUCAUUAAACAAGCAAUUAUUUAAGUAACCUUACCAGGGGGCCUAGCCAAGACGACGCC